AUGCCUGGUCUGAACGAGGCGGAAACGAUCCGCAUCCUCAUCUCAACUGACAACCAUGUCGGAUAUAAUGAACGAGACCCUAUACGGGGAGACGACAGCUGGAAGAGUUUUCAUGAGGUGAUGUGCCUGGCAAAGGAACAAGAUGUGGACAUGGUGCUUCUCGCAGGUGACCUGUUUCAUGAAAACAAGCCGUCGCGGAAGUCUAUGUACCAGGUUAUGCGCUCAAUCCGGAUGAACUGCUUUGGAGACAAGCCAUGUGAGCUGGAAAUGCUCAGUGAUGCCAGUGAAAACUUCCAAGGAGCUUUCAACCACGUUAACUACGAGGAUCUCGACAUCAAUGUGGCGAUUCCUAUCUUUUCCAUUCAUGGUAAUCAUGACGAUCCUUCGGGAGAGGGUCAUCUGGCAGCACUGGACCUGCUACAAGUCUCUGGUUUGAUAAAUUACUACGGCCGGACACCAGAGUCAGAUAAUAUCCAGAUUAAACCGGUCUUGUUGCAGAAAGGGCGAACGAAGCUGGCUUUGUACGGAAUGAGUAACGUUCGAGAUGAACGACUAUUCCGGACCUUUCGAGACGGCAAGGUCAAAUUUUACCAGCCCUCCAUACAGAAAGAUGAUUGGUUCAACUUAAUGUCCGUUCAUCAGAACCAUCAUGCAUACACAGAGACAGGCUACCUUCCUGAGAACUUUCUUCCAGGAUUCCUCGAUCUUGUCAUUUGGGGCCACGAGCACGAAUGCUUGAUCAAUCCCAGGCUCAACCCCGAGACGAACUUCCAUGUCAUGCAACCCGGAUCAUCAGUCGCGACAUCUUUGGUCCCAGGCGAAGCAGUGGCCAAACAUGUGUCGAUUCUCAGCGUCACAGGUCGUGAAUUCAAAAACGAGCCCGUUCGUUUGAAAACAGUGCGUCCUUUUGCAACGAGGGAGAUUAUUCUCUCCGAAGAGAAAGGUGCUCAGAAAUUAGCUCGUAAAGAGAACAACCGCACUGAAGUAACACGAUUCCUCAUGGCUAUUGUCGAGGAACUCAUCGAAGAAGCAAAGGCCGAGUGGCUGGAAACCCAAGAUGACCUCGAGGAAGACGAAGAGCGAGAAACACCACUACCGCUAGUGAGACUGCGUGUUGAAAUUUCCACGCCGGAAGGAGGCAGCUAUGACUGCGAGAACCCCCAGAGAUUUUCGAACCGUUUUGUGGGCAAGGUUGCCAACGUGAACGAUGUUGUGCAAUUCUAUCGCAAGAAGAAGAAUACAACAACACGCAAAGGUGACAAUGCCGUUGACGAAGCCGCGAUGUCCCAGCUCUCGACUCUGGAUACGGUGAAAGUGGAGCAAUUGGUGCGCGAAUUUCUCUCUGCGCAGUCAUUAAGCAUUCUCCCGCAGAAUUCGUUUGGGGACGCAGUUGCUCAAUUCAUUGACAAGGAUGACAAGCAUGCUAUGGAAAUGUUUGUGAAUGAGUCGCUCGAAAGCCAAAUCAAGCACCUGAUGGCUUUAGAUCGCGAAGAUGAUGACAUGGACGACGAAGAAAGGGCCCAGAGCUCAUUACAGAACGCCAUGGAUAAAUACCGCAAUCAAAUGGAGGACAUGUUUUCCAAAGGAAUCAAAAAACGAACAACCCGAGGAAAGAAGCGCUUCAAGCCCAAGCCCGAUGGCUGGGACACGGAGUUUGACGGUGUCUGGGAGGACCAGCCAGGAGCCUUGAUCCAUUCCGAUAAUGAAGGUGACGAUCCCAACGAAGAAGAGGCGGCAGAAGAUGGCACAGAAAAAGGUGCUAGAGGCACGUCUACCCGUGCUAGAGGGAGAGGCCGAGGGGGAAGAGCAGCAGCAGCAACCACUAGUUCUCGCAAGACUACAACGACAACAAAGGCACCUGCGAAAAAGAGCACCCCAGCCAAAACUACUACAAGGGGUCGCAACAAGCCCGUAUCCGAUGACGAAGAAGAAGACGACGUUGUCAUGCUGGACAACGACGACGAUGACGAUGACGCCGUUGCCGCCGCUCUAUCCGACAUAGAAGAAGACGACGACUCACAAGCUCUAUUCGUCAAACAACCAUCCACAACAAGUAGAGCCCGAAAACCUGCUGCAUCAACGACCACCAGCCAGCGUCGGACCGCGCGGACCGCCCCCUCCCCCGCCCCCUCAUCAAACACCGUAGGAGGAACGGCGUCCCGUCGGUCCGCAGGCACCCGGGCAAAACCGACACAAUCAACGCUGAACUUUACGGGGUCACAAUCACAGGCUGGUGGGCGGGGUGCUGGAGCUAGUUCUGCGAGAUCAUCAGCGAGGCCCAGUCGCACGACCAGGAGCAUCAGUGUACUUAGUGAUGACGAUGACGACGAUGCAUUUGAGCCUAUGCCCAGUUCCGCGAGACGGAGGUAG